AUGCAAUCCUCAAAUAAUCAAUAUCUCUAGUUUGUGGGAAAACCACAUAUUACUGCAGUCAUAGCAGGUGGCAGGAGAAGAGUAAACUAUACAUUCGAAGACAAAAGUGAACUUGUAGAAGAAUAUGAUAUCAACAAUCAUGAAUUAAUUAGUAGAAAAUGGAAGCGAGUAUCGAAUAUUAAGGAAUCCUAAUGGAUUUAUGAAGUUGGAGAAGCUCCAAUCGAUCAAUAAGGAGAGUUGAAAUUAUCCAAUGCAAAUCCCAUAUUUGUUAGGAAGGACACUCCUCAGCACUUCCAAUAUAGAGUUCGUAAUCUGAAUUAUCCAGAGGAUGUUUAUAAAGUGGAAGUGGAUGAGAAUACUCAAGAAAUUGUGAUUAGAACAUCCAAUAAAAAGUACUAUAAAAGAUUCGCUAUUCCUGAUAUGAGGAGAGCAAAUCUCAAGCUCGAACAGGGGAAGGUCACUCAUGUGUACAAGAACAAUACUCUAAUUGUGUCUUACCCAAAACCAGAUCAAAUACUAGAGAGAGAGUAUUAGAUUAGGCAGGAGUUCGACAAAUUAAAUAAGAAGAAACCUAAGGAAGGGGAUUUAGAGUGUGUAUAACAGUGA